AUGCCAUCACGUAACCGCCAGGCCAGAGUUUCCGUCACCCGCACUAACCCGAUCGAGCGCGUGCCCCUGAUUAACCGAUACGAGUACGGCCUCAACGCCAAACCAUUCUCAGCGCCGCUCCGGCCGUGCCUGUCUCACGCUGCUGUCGCCGACUUCGACUUCGACUCUGACUCCGACUUCGACUUCGACCUCGACCUCAAUCUCGAAAUCCGGGGCCGACGCGACCCCGUCGUUCUUUGCCAGCGCGGUCGUCUCAGCGGCUGCGCCGUUUCCGCCUUUCCCACGGCUUCGUACGAGCUUCAGCCAAUUUCCACCGCCACCGGCCCGCCCUCCCUAGGCACGCAGGCAGAUCCUCGCUUGGACUCCUCUGUUCCAGCCUCAGCCUCAGCCUCAGCCUUGGCUUCUGCUACUGCUGCGGCUUCUGCUUCUGCUUCUGCCUCUCACCAGCCUGCCCAUCCUGGACCUCCCAAGGCGCCGCAUAAUCCCGCCUCGCAUAAGCGGAACCAGCACUCCAUCUUCCGCACUCUCGCAACAUCCGGCGCGGCCCCGACUCGCCUUCAGCGCCUCUCCUCUGCGCGUCUGUGGAAUCCCACCAACUCGACUCCCAGGUCUCCCUCCAACUCGCACAAGCGGCGCCCUUCCAGUCCAAUUGAAGCUCCCGUCCGGCUGCAACACCCAGGACUUGACCAGUCUACCAACACCGCCGAUCCCAACGUCACCGGCGCUGGCGACUAUCCGCUGCUAACGCUUACCGAACACAGACAGGCGAGACACUCUUCGUCGACGCCCAUCAGCUUCCAGUUGGACUUGAGCGGAACCGAGAACAAGCGGGUCAGCUUGCCUAGUUCAGUCCGCGCUUCGUACGACGAGAGGCGCUCACAAACUCUCUCACCAACUCGGUUUGAUCGCCAGAGUAGAACCAGCGGCGAUUUCACCAGGGAAUCGCCGCCGCUUACUAGAACACCCAAGGUCGACAAAGGCAAAGGCAUCAUGAUGCCGGAGAAUGAUGAGCCGGGGCAGUCCUACGCCAGGGACCUGGAGCGAGGGCCUGAUGUCAUGGACCACCGGCGCUUCUCCAACAUAUCUAUUGGGGAUGGAAUAGGAUCUGCAAUCUCGUCAUCCAACUCGUCAAUCAUGGGCGAAGAGGUCCAGCCGGACCUAGGUGAAUCGUGGGGACCGCAGCAUCCUUGCUUUCCUCAUCUGAAUCCCCAUGUGCCAUCAGAUUCGGCCGAAUAUGCCAAGACCCGGAUAAUUCGGAUUCGCCGCGAUUGGCUCCUUCAGGGUGACCUCGCUCCUACGUUCUCCAAUCUGUAUCCCGAAAUCUUGGAUCCGGCCGGAAUCCCAGAGCCUGAGUUCCGGCGCAUCAUAGACAAGCUCAACAAGGAACUGAUACCGGCCUUUGACCCCUACAACCCCCGGAAUGUGAUUGAUGCAUUCUUGGGACUUGUGACUGGCUGGCUUUGGGACGACUUUGGCAUGACGGGCAUCAAGUCUCGCCUCAACAACUUGGAGGCGUGGAUAGAGAAUUGGAACCGAGAGAAGGAGAAGACUACCCCUUCUGAAGAGGGGAUCUUGCCGCCAAAACUCAUCUCGCUCCGACGCACCGGAUACAUGACUCUGGAUAUUCAGAUACCAGACCCAGAGAUUGCGCCGGCCCCGAGCAGCACAGGCGCUGCCGAGUCAAUCGCAGCUCUGCCUAUGGAGCCGGCGCCGGUGCUCGUCGCCUGA